GCCAGGACGCCCGGGCUCCAGGCCGCGCCCUGGCACGGAGCUGCGGAGCGCGGGAUGAGGCCCAGCCAGGCGUGGAGCUGCGAGCGCUGCCCCCGAGCUCAGGGCUGCGCCGUUCUAGGGGGCCCAGGGGACACACGCUGCCUUGAGCACGGAGGCCCUGAACGUGGCUGUAGGGCUGGGGCCGCUCCACCCUGCCGGCCUCCCAGGGCUGCAGGAGCCGCACGGGCCUUUCCCCCGUUUGUCCCUCCCACCUAAGCAGCUGCGUUCCCGGGACAGGCGUGACUCAAUAAUCGUCUUCGCCUCAAUAAAGCUAGUGGGGCCACGUGGGAGGAGCGCCAGCUCUCAGCCAGGCGCAGAAAUCCUGGCCGCACCAUUCUAGUGGCAGCCCCACGACUUGUGCUCAGUGGCAGAAGAUGCUGGUGCCUCCCCUGGCAGAGAGGAACAAGGAGCUGAUCCUGGAGGUACUGGCUGACUACGUGGAUAAUACAAGCCAAGCCUUUGGGCUGGAGCUGGCCUCUGGGACUGGGCAGCAUGUGGUGCAUUUUGCCCAAGCCCUGCCUAAUGUCACCUGGCAGCCUUCAUAAAUCAGCCCGUCUGCCCAUGAGAGGUACGUCUUGUGUCUGGUCCUUCCAGGAGUCCUGGGCAGAGGCGAGGACAGCACCCCACAGCAUGAAAGCUGCUCGUGUCCCCACCCUGGCUGCUGACUGCUUCCCACGAGGAAGAAUUUGGAGCGUUGAGGAUUUCACUCCCAUGGUGGAGGGGCUGCCUACAGCUCCAGUCACGGACACAGUGGGGAGUUUGUAAUGUGGAGCACAAAGUGCCCAGACCUGCUGUUCCCACAGCAUUGCCAGCUUCCCCAGCCCACAGGAGGGCUAGGCCCCAGCUCUCAAGCACCACCACUUCAGUGACAACAGGGUUCUGUCAGCGUUUAGCAGGGGACUGUGCUCACUUCACCUUAGGAAAUUGCACAAACCCUGCUAAGUCCUUCUAGGCUGUUCAGGUUUAGGCUAAUCAGAACAUAUAACACCUGCAUCGGGCAGGGGGAGGGCGUCUAGGAACAUGCCAUCUUGCAGUGACUCCAACCCCCAUGGGCUGGUAACAGUUUUCAUUGUCUCCAGUGCAGGACAAAUUCCAAGGGCAAGGAGACACAUCUGUAGAGCUUAGGCUGCAUGGCCACCUCACUUGCAAUUCUCCUGCAGCCCUAUCUCUCCUCUUGCACUCCCUUGGAGGCAGCUGCCAUGCUGGGUAAUUCUUGGUCCAAGCAUCAGUGCUUAUAGCACAACAGGGAGAGAGAAGGUGUUUGCCCAUGGUCUGGAUGAGAGCAGCCACAUAUACCCGCUACAAGCCCUCACUUCCUGCCCCCUCCUGGCUUUUAGUGGAGGGGGAAGGGUCUAGCUGAAUGCACCUCUUCCCCACCUGGAAGCAGCAAGACAGCCACUGCCUGCGCUGUAGAGUGAUGCUGGCAGCACUGUGGCCCUGGCAGUACCUAAAUGGAUCCCAACCUGGCACCUCAGGGCAGCUCUUGCAGCAUCCCCCAUUGUGGGAGCAGGAGGCAGCAGCCUCUGUGCAGUGCAACACCACCAGGCAGACACCAGCACCCUCUCCUGGUUUACCUGUCUGUCUUUUCCUCCAGCAUCUCUAGCUACAUCAGAGCCACCAAGGUGCAGAAUGUGAAGAAGCCACUGGCCAUUGAUGUGUCUCAGCCCUGGGACCAGUGGGCAGGUUUGAGUCAAGGCUGCUGCAAUGUCAUCGUCAUCAUCAUCAAUCUGCUGCACUUCCUUGCCCAAGGCCUGGAGCCCUUUGCCAUCAAUGGGAUCAUCAGCCCUGAGUGCAACGUGAAGCUGGAGGAGGAGCUCCAGGAGAGGAAUCCAGCCUGGGGGCUACGGGAUGUGGAGGAGCUGCGGCAGCUGGCCACCCCCACCUCGCUGCGCCUUGAACGCAUGGUGGGCACAAAUCUGACUGACCUUCUGAUACAGAAGAAGAUCACAAUUCGGGAGCUGGGGGGCUGCAUGGGCCCUAUCUGGUCUAGUUACUAUGGAGACUGCAGCUCUGUCCUGUUCAUGAUUGAUGCGGCUAACCCCACGCAGAUCUCUUCAUCCUGUGUCCAGCUCCUGUCUCUCCUCUCCGCAGAGCAGCUUGCCUCAGCAUCCGUCCUAAUCCUGUUCAAUAAGAUUGACCUGCCCUGCUACAUGUCCCUGGUGGAGAUGAAAUCGCUGUUCCGGAUUCAAGAUAUCAUUUCCUGUGCUAACCAGCCCAUCACUGUGGUGGAGACCAGCGCCCGUGAUGGCACAGGGCUGCCCGACGUGCUGCAAUGGCUUCGCUCCACCGUCAGGGAUCCCAGUUGAAUUUGCUGUGUCCAGCUUUGGUGUGUCCUGCCAGCUGACAGGGCUGACUCUGACUCCAGGCAUCUCACACCUACUCUGUCACCAAGACUAGGAUCCAGGAGCAGUAGAGGUAGCUGAGCAGCAGUCUCAUCAGCCCUCCAUCUGGAAAUGAGAGCAGGGGGCAGCAGCAAGACAGAGUGUUCUCCCAUCAGGUUGGUGGUAGCAAUAGAGCUGCCCCAGACUUUUGGUACCUUGAAUUGCAAAGUAAACUAUAAACUCAGGACUUUCUCCCAUUCGUACCAGACUGUCAGUCAGCCUGCUUGCCCCCUGGGGUGGGAGGAACGUACUGCCGAGGUGGGGGCUGGGAUGUGCAGAGAUCACAGCCUUGUGUUUACGAGGGUAUCUUUGUCCCAUGACUCCCCUGUCCUUGGAAGCCUUGCUGAUGGAGCACCCCACCCCAUCCUUUUCUGCUUUGACUGCUGGCCCUGGGCUGCUGCUCCUAGGCUAGGAGGUAAUGGGCCUGCCCACUGGAGCCCAUCUGCAGGCAGGAGCUCUGUGGAGGGGUUUGUUAGUGACUAAACAUUGCUAUCAGUUUAUUAAAGAGCACAGGGUAGUUCUUCUCCCUCUGGUUUAAUGCUGUGUCUUCCAAGGGCAGGCCACUUUAAGGCAGGGCACAAAUACAAAACUGUUGUUAUAAUGCCCCAGAAGGUGUGUGAGGGACUUCCCAGAUGCACAGGUCCCUGCUUCAAAACUUCAGAUUAGUUAGGUAAAACCAGGUGAGUUUAUUUACAUACGCAAAAACAUUCAAUCUGCACAGGACUCCAAACCCAUAUUCGAUAGACCAAACUUGUACUGUUUGCAUUGCAUAAGCACCUAAGGGUCCCCUUGUGCUGGGUGCUGUACCAAAAGCUCAGAAGAACAGGUCCCUCAGCAGAAGAGUUUACAGUCUAAUAUAAAGCCACCUUCAUGCCCACCACCUGCAUUUCCCAUAUAGCAGGCUGCAGUCCUGAGGUGCCAGACACACAAGAGCUCUAUUUCAGUGUAAGAAGGGGAAGCAUCAUCCACCAAGUGAGGAGGAAGAGCCUGGUCUUAAGUGGGAGAAUACAGUACAUCCUUGCUAUAAUGAACCCCUGGGAAUCCAAGCCAUUUGGUCGUUAUAGCUAGGAGUUUGUUAUAGGGAAAGAGCCCUGCUGGGAGGGGCUGACGUCUCAAGCCCUGCAGCAAAGCUGAGAGCUCCUCUGGUCCCGGAACCACAACUGGGACUCUGAGGCUGGAGGAGCAAUCUGCCCAGCUGUGACCCCAGGGCAGGUGGAGCUCUCUGCCCCCCGGGCAGGGCUGGAGGUGGGAUCCAGGGACCAGGUUUGCUAUUGCGAAGGGUGUUAUAGUGAGGGUGUACUAUACUUGGUGAUCCUUGUCCUGGGAGGUGGGGCUUGGACACUCUGCAGCCUGAGGGACAGUUUGUGCAAAGAGAGGAGGUCUCUAGGCUCAUGACAGUUUCUGGUAAUGGGGAAUUCACAGUUGGGUGUCUGUCGCUGACCAUCUCUGAACUCUAAAGGUGUCCCCCAUGGCUCUGUUAGCUACGCUAGCCUCGGAGAGUGCCGCUGGCCAAGUGAGAGCUGUGAGUUAGAUUAGGUGCGAAGCAGCAUCACCAGCUAAAUGUCUGAAGGGUGUGAACAUCUGGGAGGGAGCAGAAUUGUGUCCAGGGGACCCAUGCAGAAUAAACACCGGGGAAGGAAAUGAUAUUAAGAAAAGGGAAAGUUGGGAGAAAGGUUCUUGCCAGGGAGAUGGCUCAGGCUGUAUAAUAGCCCCCGCCCCAAGCAAAGGGCUGGUUGAAGCACUAGAGAAUGUGCAAUAAGAAGCAGUCGUGUAUUGGGCCCUGGGGAUGGACUAGAUGGGGUCCAAGAUUGCAGCUCUAUUGCAGGAAGGGACUAGUUCUAAAUGGAGCCUCCCACAAGCGCUGACAAAGAAAACGCAGCUGCCAGUGUUGGUGUGAUAGGCUAGUACCUGGGGUCUCAGUGGAGAGCCUGGACCCAGGAGCUGGAUUAAAGCCUUAGCAAGUCCCCUUUGUUUCUCUUUUCUCCUAGAGGGUCAGGAGGUGGUGUAGGCUGAAUUACCAGUCAAACAGUUUCAGAGACCCAUGAGCUGUGCCCCCCUCUACCACAAUCCUUAUCCAGUUAGACUCAGGGGGGCAUGCUCCCUCCAGCACACAGACCCUAUACACCAGUUGCAAGCUUAAGCACCAGGGAGGGGCAGGGCUAAGGGGUGUCCCCACAGCAUAUGCACUCUGGGCAGUCUCUGGUGCUGUGGUGUUGGAGGGGGAAGUAGAACCAGAGCAGCCUGUGACCCCUGCAACAGCCCCCAACCAGGAGGGUGCCUGAGCUGCACAGAAUGCCAGCUUGACUCCCCCAUCACUGCCAUGCACAGUCACUAGAUAUUGAAAAACUGUAAUGUCUUGGCUUUGAACUAUCUUGACCGCAGCCUGUUAAUAAGACUUUUUUUAAUGUCUUCCUCAAUGCUA